UUUAUAAUGAUCUUGGAGCAGGAAUUAAGAGAAACGCUAAUGGAUCAAUUGUUUUAAUUAUUCCUCAUCAAGAUCUUAAUAAUGCUCAAAAAAUGAAUAAGCAAACUAGACUUUCAACUCCAAAAGCAAACUAA